AAAUCUCACCUUCCUCCUUGCUCUUUGCUUUGGGAGGGACAAUUCCACUGACCAAUGAUGGUGAUGUGCAACCACGUAUUCAUAAACAGGUUGUGCUGGUUUCUUGGCAUCUGCCUGGGAAACUAUGAAAAAGAAAAGCUAGAUGAACUUACUCAUUGCAGUAAAACUAGCCUGAAGGGAAGGAUCCAGAAGCUUGCUGGCUAUCUUUUGGAAGCAUAGGUUCUAACAUGUCCAGUUCUGUGGGAAACAGGGCAAGGUGUUCCAGCAUGCAUAGGCUCCUAUGAUGAUGCUAUUUCAUACUCAUCCCAGUCUUAAGCAAGGUAGUAUAAUCUCUGAGUCCUGGGCAAAUCAUAAAUAAUUACUAAGCUCUGAAAGUGCUGGGGGAUAAAUAACCCCCAGGUGGCAAAAGCAGACCUUAGUCUAGUCCGGGGUGAGGAAACCGUGGACCUGGUGUUUGGUGAUCUCGAACUACCAUCAUACAGUAGCAUCCGGAGUGCCACAGGUUUCUUUAUCGCUGAUCGCCGUCUCUCGCCCUUACUUCACGGCUGUGUCCUAACGCGUUGGAGGCAAGGGGAAAGGCGCAAGUCAGAAGCAAGUCACCAUUGACACACGCGGGAGAGAGAGGAGCGCGCGGGCGUGGACGUCAGGACUUUUGCUUUGGAGAUAAAUCGCGCAUCUCCCCAUUCACCUUUCUAUUCAACGCUGUCUCCGGGCGGCUGAGAUCGGGAACUCCGCCCCCGAUUUGCCGGCGGCGGCUGGAUUGGUUCCUUUCGCUUUCGAUCGGAGGAGCCGAGCCUGUCGAUGCAGUCGUCGUCCGGGGGGGCUGCUGCUGCUGCUGCUGCUAAGCGGAAAGCAUCUGUUGCUGAAACUGCGCUAGGGACGACGGGCGCUGAGCUUCCGGGAUCAGCCGGGGAUAUGCCGGGGGACUCGUGGGCCAACAAGGGGGGCUCCUACGAGCGCCUCCGGCCCUUCAGCCGAAAGAAAUGCAGUCCUGAAGAAAGUGCUUCCUUUUUAAGCAAGAUAACAUAUUCCUGGUAUAGCAGAUUUAUAACUUUAGGCUAUAAGAAACCAUUGGAAAGGGAAGACCUGUCUGAGCUCACUGAAAGUGUUUCAUCGUACAUUGUGUGUCCAGAGUUUGAAAAACAGUGGAGAAAGGAAGUAUUUAAGAAAUCCAAGGACAUAAAGGCUCCUGCUUAUGAAGAUGUGACAAAAAAGCCAAUUUCCCAAAAGCCAUCUCUCCUUUCACCACUAUGGCAAACAUUUAAAUUUUUAUUGAUCAAGGUGGCUAUUCUGAAAGUUGCAACUGAUUUUUUAGCUUUUCUGAGCCCACAGAUUAUGAAGGAAAUGAUUCUGUUGUAUGAGCAUUCCUCUGCUCCACUCUGGAAUGGCUAUGGGUAUGCAGUGGCUCUUCUGCUUGUGGUUGUUAUGCAGACACUAAUCCAACAGGCCUACCAGCGCCUUAACUUGCUUACUGUUGGGAAAAUUCGAACUGCAGUCAUUGGCCUUGUAUACAAAAAGGCUUUAAAUUUAUCUAGCUCUUCAAGAAAGAAGUAUACAACUGGGGAAACUGUCAAUUUGAUGACAGCAGAUAUCCAGCAACUCACGGAACUGGCAGUCAACCUCCACCUCUUAUGGUCAGCCCCCUUUCAGAUCCUCCUGGCCAUUACCUUCCUUUGGCAAGAACUGGGCCCCUCGGUUCUAGCAGGUGUUAGUGUGCUGCUUUUGGUGUUACCAGCCAAUGCCUUUUUUGCUGUCAAAGUCAAGCAGCUAAAGAAAAGUCAAAUGAAGAGUAAGGAUCAACAAAUUAAACUCCUAAGUGAAAUCUUGCAUGGAAUAAAGAUUCUCAAGCUAUAUGCAUGGGAGCCAUCAUAUCAGAAAAAGAUUGUGGACAUUCGGGAACGUGAAAUUGAUGUUUUGAGAUCCUCUGGCUACCUGACAACAUUCUCCAUGUUGACGUUGACUUGUAUCCCUUUCCUGGUCUCUUUGACUACAUUUGGAGUCUAUUUUCUGUUGGAUGAAGAAAAUGUUUUAACCGCUGCUAAAGUGUUUACUUCUAUCUCUUUGCUUAAUAUUUUACGACUGCCUUUGUUCGAUUUGCCUACAGUGAUUUCUGGAAUAGCUCAGACAAAGGUUUCUAUAGGUCGUUUAGAUGAUUUUCUGUCUUCUGAAGACCUCAACCCUCAAAACAUCCACACAGAUUACAGUGGGGAUCAUGCAUUUAGAUUUGUUAACGCCUCAUUCCGCUGGGAGAAGAUUGGAGCUCCAACCUUAAAUAAAUUGAACCUGGAGAUCCCAGAAGGUUCCCUGGUUGCAGUUGUGGGUCAAGUAGGAGCUGGAAAAUCAUCUCUCCUUUCUGCAGUUCUGGGAGAAAUGGAAAAAACAGGAGGAAUUGCCCAGAGAAAAGGUUCAGUUGCUUAUAUGUCCCAGCAAGCCUGGAUUCAGAAUACCACUUUACGAGAAAAUAUUCUUUUUGGCCUGGAACUGAACAAGCUCUACUACAAAAAGGUUUUGGAAGCAUGUGCUUUGUUGCCAGACUUGGAGCAAUUACCAGCUGGGGAUCAAACAGAAAUUGGAGAAAGGGGAGUGAAUAUAAGCGGUGGCCAGAAGCAGAGAGUCAGCCUAGCUAGAGCUGUCUAUAGCAGUGCUGACCUCUAUUUACUAGAUGAUCCCUUAUCUGCAGUAGAUGUCCAUGUUGGGAAGCAUCUUUUUGAGAAGGUGAUCGGGCCCUCAGGCUUAUUGAAAAACAAGACUCGCAUUUUAGUGACACACAACCUUGCAGUCCUCUCUCAGACUGAUAUAGUUGUCAUGAUGGAAGAUGGCAGAAUUACUGAAAUGGGAAGUUACAAAGACCUACUCUCUCAAAGAGCAAACUUUGCUGAGCUUAUUCAAACCUUUGGCGGAGGAAAGGAAGAUGAAGACUUGCCCUCAGUGUCAAGUAAAAUCAAAACAAGAGACCACAUCGUACCAAAGAAAAGACAGCUGGGGGGGAAAGACAGGAGUGCAUUCUUAAUGAAGAAAGAAAAAGUUGCCACUGGUUCUAUGAGAAUGUCAAUUGUUUUGAAGUACCUACAAGCAUUUGGCUGGUCAUGGGUGUGGCUAACCGUAGCAGCUUACAUAGGCCAAAAUGUUGUAGCCAUAGGCCAAAAUCUGUGGCUGAGCACAUGGACAACAGAAGCAAAAGAAAUCAAAGACUACACAGAAUGGAGACACUUAAGAAACUACAAACUUAGUAUCUAUGGGUUCCUCGGAUUCCUACAGGGUUUUUUGGUUUGCUGUGGUGCAUAUGUGCUCACUAGAGGAUCUCUCUCUGCAUCUCGGUCUUUGCAUCAUCAGUUGCUAGACAGUGUGCUCCACCUUCCACUCCAGUAUUUUGAAACUAACCCCGUAGGUCAAAUCAUCAACAGGUUCACAAAGGAUAUGUUUGUAGUUGAUAUACGUUUCCAUUAUUAUCUACGAACCUGGUUGAACUGUACACUAGAUGUGGUUGGAACGAUCCUUGUGAUUGUGUAUACAUCACCCCUGUUCAUACUGGGGGUUCUUCCACUUGGAUACUUAUAUUUCACUGUGCAACGAUACUAUAUUCCUAGUUCCAGACAAAUCCGACGGUUAGCUGGAGCUACACAAACACCAAUAAUUUCACACUUCAGUGAAACGCUUGUAGGUGUAUCCACAAUCAGAGCAUUUGGACAUCAGGAAAGAUUUCUUAAUCAGAACAAAGAUGUCGUCAAUGAGAACCUGGUUUGCUUCUACAACAAUGUGAUCUCAAACAGGUGGCUGGCUGUCAGACUUGAAUUUCUGGGAAACUUGAUGGUCUUCCUUGCUGCAUUGCUUGCAGUGUUUGCUGGGAGCAAGGUGGACUCUGCUGCUGUAGGAUUAUCAAUAACAUAUGCACUGAAUAUAACUCAGAGUUUGAAUUUUUGGGUCCGAAAAGCAUGUGAAAUUGAAACCAAUGCAAUCGCCAUUGAAAGGGUUUGUGAAUAUGCAAAGAUAGACAAAGAGCCCCCCUGGAUACUAUCCAAUCGUCCACCUGUGGGAUGGCCCAAGGAAGGAAUAAUACAGUUUGUAAAUUUCCAAGCUCGGUACAGGUCAGAUCUGGACUUGGCUCUACAGGAUGUAACUUUUCAAAGUUGCAAAGAAGAGAAGAUUGGAAUAAUAGGAAGAACAGGAGCUGGCAAAUCGACUCUCACAAAUAGUUUGUUUAGGAUAAUAGAAAGAGCUGGAGGCAAAAUAAUCAUUGAUGGCAUUGACAUAUCAACUAUUGGUUUGCAUGACCUACGUGGCAACCUGAACAUUAUUCCACAGGGACACUCCGGUCAAACAUGGAUCCACUUGGAAGAUACUCUGAUCUUGAACUGUGGGAUGCACUGGAAUUGUGUGACUUGAAGAACUUUGUACAGUCACUCCCAAAGAAACUUCUCCAUGAGAUCUCUGAGGGUGGUGAAAACCUGAGGUAUGUCUUAAACUAUGUUAAGGGGUGAGCUAAGUCACCUGGAGAAUAAAGAUCUCCCCUAGCAGAGGAGUACUAGUAUUCCCAAGUGGUGUUCUACUGAUGAAGGUAGUGUUACUUGGCAGGGCAAAGUAAGGGACAAAGGAUGAAGAAACAUUACCAUUCUCUACUUGGAUGUCUAUUCACCUUAGACCUAUCCAGAGAUUUGCAGGGGGGUUGUUCUUGCACACAUUAAACUGACCUAGACGGAGUCUGUCCACAUAUCCCCAUAUUUGCUUCUCAGACUGGGAGUGGUUUUCUAAUGGGAUACCCAAGACAGGCCUUUCCUAGCACUGUUGCCCCCUGCGAUCCUUUUGUAGUCAUCCUUUUUGUGUACGCACAAAAGCCUGCAUGCCUAUUCAACAAGAUGGUGCAGCAGUCGCCAGCUGCCCAAUCAUAAAUAGAGGCCUAGCGCCAUUCGAGAGCACAUAUUAAAACUGUAUUUCUGUUUUUGUCAGCAUGGGGCAGAGACAGCUUGUCUGCCUGGCUCGUGCUUUGCUACGAAAGACAAAAGUAUUAAUCUUGGAUGAAGCAACAGCCUCUGUCGACAUGGAAACAGACAAUCUAGUGCAAUCCACAAUCCGGUCAGAAUUCCACGAU